AUGAAAAUAUGGGUGUUAGGUGUUCUUUGUUUAGCUAUUUCGGUACAAGGCGAAGAUUUUCCAUCUUUGAUAACCGCAAAUGCUUCUAUAGCCGUAAUUUUGGAUCGCCAGUACCUGGGUGACAAGUACCAAACCGUGCUAGACGAACUGAAAGAUUAUAUAAAGGAAUUGGCGCGGGUUGAACUGAAGCAUGGAGGUGUGCUUGUCCAUUACUAUUCGUGGACGACCAUUAGUUUGAAUAAAGGUUUCCUAGCGGUAUUCAGUAUAGCGUCAUGCGAAGACACAUGGGAAUUAUUCUCGCGUACGGAAGAAGAAGAUCUUCUUCUGUUUGCCUUGACAGAAGUGGACUGCCCACGGCUCCCACAGCGCUCUGCUAUAACUGUAACUUAUUCAGAGCCCGGAGAAGAAUUACCGCAGCUUCUCUUAGAUUUGAGGAGUUCGAACGCUAUUAGUUGGAAGUCUGCUGUUAUACUACACGACGAUACUUUAGGCAGGGACAUGGUGUCCCGUGUGGUACAAUCAUUGACUUCACAAAUUGAUGAGGAAAGCGCUCGACCGGUUUCCGUCACGGUGUUUAAGAUGAAGCACGAAAUGAACGAAUAUCUAAGAAGGAAAGAGAUGCAUAGAGUUUUGUCUAAGCUCCCAGUUAAAUAUAUCGGCGAAAACUUCAUAGCAAUAGUUACUUCGGACGUGAUGACAACAAUGGCGGAGAUUGCGCGGGAGCUAUUAAUGUCCCACACCAUGGCUCAAUGGUUGUAUGUUAUCUCGGAUACUAACGCUCACGCAAGUAACCUAAGUGGAUUUAUUAAUACACUCAAUGAGGGCGAGAAUGUAGCUUUUAUAUACAAUAUCACUGAAAAUGGACCGGAUUGUAAGAACGGUUUGAUGUGCUAUAGCCAAGAGAUGAUGAGUGCUUUUAUAUCGGCACUGGACGCUGCAAUACAAGCCGAGUUCGAUGUGGCUGCUCAAGUCUCAGAUGAAGAGUGGGAAGCGAUCAGACCCAGCAAAGUACAACGGAGGGACAUCCUACUUAAGCACAUGCAGCAAUACAUAUUGGCGAAAAGUGUCUGUGGAAACUGCACAUUGUGGCGAGCAUUAGCGGCCGAUACUUGGGGCGUUACGUACCGGCAAAAUGAUGUACCUGAACAAAUUAAUGAACAUGCGAAUGGUUCUACCGGAGUUAUUGAGCAUCUUGAAUUAAUGAAUGUCGGAAUUUGGCGUCCAAUCGACGCUAUGACGUUUGCGGAUUUAUUAUUUCCUCACGUGCAUCACGGGUUUAGAGGGAAAGAAUUACCGAUAAUAACUUAUCAUAAUCCUCCGUGGACGUUCCUACAAGCAAACGAAUCGGGCGCCAUCGUGAAAUACAGUGGACUUAUGUUUGAUAUCGUCAAUCAAUUGGCUAAGAACAAAAACUUUACGAUCAAGAUAAUGCUCCCGAGUCAUGUCAAACACGAGUUUUCCAAUGAAACUGACAUGAUGCACAGUCAAAGUGCUCGGCUAACAAUAGCGGCCAUUGCAAAAGGCCAUGCGGCUUUGGCUGCUGCCCCAUUCACAGUAUUACCUGGUCCUAAUCAAGGUAUCAACUACACAAUUCCAGUGAGCACUCAGCCGCACACAUUCAUUGUGGCCAGGCCUCGGGAACUCAGCAGAGCCUUACUGUUCCUACUGCCUUUUACUACCGAUACAUGGCUCUGUUUGGGUUUCGCCGUGAUAUUAAUGGGCCCUAUGCUGUAUAUAGUUCAUCGUUUAAGUCCAUAUUACGAAGCCAUGGAGAUCACACGCGAAGGAGGACUGGCCACAAUUCACAAUUGUCUCUGGUACAUUUAUGGGGCGUUGCUGCAACAAGGCGGGAUGUAUCUUCCAAGGGCAGACAGCGGUCGUUUAGUGAUCGGAACUUGGUGGCUAGUCGUAUUAGUAAUAGUUACCACAUAUUCUGGUAAUCUUGUUGCGUUUCUAACGUUUCCGAAAUUGGAAGCGCCCGUUACGACAAUAUCGGAGCUAUUGAAGAACAGCGAUGCUUACACUUGGUCCGUAACUAAAGGUUCUUAUUUAGAAAUGGAGCUGAAGAAUUCAGAAGAACCAAAAUACAAACGACUGAUAAAAGAGGCUGAGUUGCUUAAGGAAACGGGGGGAAUUGAAGGAACUAUACAUGCCGCAAGGGGAACCCUGGAUCGUGUGCGCGGUCAGCGACAUCUGAUCUUCGACUGGAGGCUCCGACUCACGUAUUUGAUGAGUGCCGAUCACAUAGCGACAGAAACCUGCGACUUCGCACUAGCCGUUGAAGAUUUCAUGGAGGAACAAGUGGCUAUGAUAGUACCGGCCGGCAGCCCUUAUCUGCCUGUCAUCAAUAAAGAGAUCAAUCGAAUGCACAAAGCCGGCCUGAUAUCAAAAUGGUUGAGUGCGUAUUUGCCUAAGCCGAAUCGUUGUUUAAAAAUUUCGACAGUGACUCAAGAAGUGAGUAAUCACACUGUCAACUUGAGUGAUAUGCAAGGAUCCUUCUUCGUACUGUUUUUAGGAUUUUUCUCCGCAUCGACAGUGUUGAUUCUGGAGUGGUUCUACAAUAGGAGGAAACGAAAAAGCGAAGAAAUAGUCAUCAAACCUUAUGUUGAAUAAAACGUAUACGCGAACGUAACGUAAGCGUGACGUGACGUGACGUGUUUAUGCCGCUAUAGAUAACGAAGAACGUUAUCCUGAGAUGAAUAAAAACUCAAACAAAAAUAGCUAGUGUUAAGAGUCGAUGGUUCUGAGGAAAUCUCAGAGUUCGUGCGUUAAGUACCCUCACUUUUGUUUUAUUGUUUGCAUAUGCACUACGCAGUCAGACGAGGUCACGGCUCGUCUGAUGUCAAAUGGUAACUGGAGCUUAUCAAAAUUACAACGGUACCCACCUUGAGGCAUGAGGUCGAGCCCUCAAUUAACUUUUAUGACGGUUGAUGGUGAGAGUGACUGAUGGUGUUACGACGAUUUUGUUGGGUGACGUUAGGCAGCGGCUCAAUUGCAUUCCUGACAUUGCUGAGGUCCACGAGCCACGGUGACAACUCACUAUUAUCUAGACCAAAUUCUCGUCUACGAAAGGCAAUUAGAAAAAGAAGUUUAAAAGGGAAGGAAGCAUUUAUUUUUAAAGGAAUUAUUACCUUAUUAUCAUAUCAUCAUUUUAUUAUGUCGUCCUCAUGCAAGUCACAAUUCAAAAUGGCUCUCUAUAGAUUUUUUUCCUUACCUAUUCGUUGGUAGUCUAAGGGGCUAUUCUAGCUACGCUCGGUCGGUUGGAUGAGCCCACGUGCUACAGCUGAGUGAUUUUUCUAACACUAGCCCUAGUAAGAGAGAAUCUACCACCAGAUCGGAAUCGCGAACCACUGAGGAGAUCCGGCUAGAAACUCGGUCUGUUGCUCUCUAUAGAAAGCGACGCUAGUAGCUUGAAAACAAAAUUUUUUUAAUCGUAUAUUUAUACUGAUGCAGAAAAUGUAUUUUCACAGCUUAAGCUUCGAACAUAUUCUUGUAAAUCUAAGAAACUGUUACCAAGUAUUAUAAAUUAGAAUUAAUUAAUAAUUUUAAUUACAAACUCAAUUGUUCGAGUUUAAUUAAAUCGAAAUAUCGAAUAAAAUUAAA